GGGACAGUCGGGGUGCCGCGGGAGGGCGGCCACGGUCACACACCCCGCGGGUCGGACGAGGUGGUGCCGACACAGCCGCGGCGGGUCGGAGCGCUGCUGCGGUGUGAUUUGGUCCGCUGAGUGUUGUGGUCGGGUGCGCUGAGGCGCCGCGCGAUCUUGCUUCAUCACGCUGUUUGUGAGCACAGCGGAGGUGGUAUAUACGAGUGACUGUUGACUGCGCCGGACUGGUGAGGUCUGAUAGCCGCCCGAGUGAGGCUCGCUGCACGGGUGCCCAUUCCGAGCGCCGGCUGCCGACCGAGUUGUCUCAGACGUCAGGGCGCCGCCAUGUGGUCGAGACUGCCUGUGCGCGUGCUCUCCGGCCUAGUGCUGGUGGCUAUCCUGCCAGGCUCGCUGCAGCUGGUGCGUUACCAGCCGCCCCGACUGAUGCCCGCUGACCGGGACAUCGUCAUCGAGCCGGGCGGCACGCUGAGAGUGCGCUGCGAGGGCAACCACCCCGUCACCUGGAACUACUCGUCACUGGCCAGGGACAUCGCUGACCGAGUAACCAUCACGGACGGCACCAAGCAGGACAACCCCGAGUUCCCCUACGUCUCCCACAUCGAGAUUCGAGACGUGACGUUUCUGGACGUGGGCUACCAGAGCUGCCACUUCGUGGGCACCACGUCCAUGGAGGCGCGUCAGAACGUCACCCAGGUGUACCUCUUCGUCAACGACCCCGCCAACCUGCUGGUGAAGACCAGUGACAUGGAGUUCAUCACGGUGACGCAGAACCAGGAGGCCGUGCUGGCGUGUCGUCCCACCCACCCGGACGUGGCCGUCACCCUCUUCAAGGACGGCAGAGAGGUCACGGACCUGGCGGCCCGCUACAUGAACUACAAGCAGCGCGAGGGCUUCGUCAUCUACUCGCCCGUGCUGACGUUCCAUAACGGCAUCUUCGAGUGUCGCGCCAGCAGGGACGGCGCCAGGGACAAGAUGCAGAUCUUCGUCCACUUCAACCCCGCGUCGGACACGGUGCAGCAGCCGUGGAUAAACGCUGAGGGCGCGCAGCACGCCUACCUGGGCGGCAACUUCACCCUCGAGUGUCGCGUCCACCACAUGGCCGGCAUCUUCCACACGCUGACCUGGAGCGUGCCCGGCACCAGCACCGGGCUCAAGACGGGCCGUAUCGUCCAGCUGGAGCAGCAGGUGGAGCAGAACUCUGUGGUGCCGGGCGGCCAGGACCCGACCGCGGCCUCGCACGACCUGCGCCGCCUGCUGGUCACCGACACACGGGUCGAGGACGAGGGCUACUACACGUGCCACGUGCGCGACCAGAACGGACACGAGAACUCGCGCCAGGAGUUCGUGCCCAUCCAGGAUCGGACCGGCGCCAGCGUGCAGCUGCAGACGGACACCACCAAGUUCGUCACCAGGACCGGCGAGCUGUUGAAGAUCGUGGUGUCGAUCAGCGCUAGCCCACUGCCAGAGGUCAUCUGGUACGACCCCGAGGGAGAGGAGAUCGUCAACCAGGCUCUGAAGUACUCUGUGGUGGUGCGGCCCGAUGACACGAUCCUGCAGAUCUUCGACCUCUCCCUGGAGGACAUGGGAGAGUACCGAGUGGUGGCCACCAGUCCCGACGGAAACGCCACCGACUCGCUGGUGUUCGACGUCACCGUGCAAGCGGCGCCGUCGGUCAGUGUCGGCUCGAACCAGCUGUUCUUCCCGGUCGGCGAGGAGGUGUCGUUACUGUGCUCGGCCACCGGCUGGCCGGCGCCCGUCGUCGGCUGGGAAUUUGCCGCCUGCGCCACCCGGCACCAGUGCCAGGUCGUCCAGGACUUUGACGACGUCAGGUACAUCCAGACCAACGAGGAGCGGGAGAACCACAGCACCUCGCCGCAGCACAAGUGGCGCAUCAAGAGCACGCUCUCACUCAAAGCCAAACAGUCGGGCAUCUACCGGUGCCACGCCACCAACAAGUUCCCCACGUCGGCUGAUGCGGACGCGCCAUUCUUUGUCUCAGACGUGGCGGGCGGGUUCGGCGUCCUGCCGAGCGCCUCUCAGCGUCAGGUGGUGGUCGGCGACAACGUCAACAUCACCUGCGCCGGCAGCCGGUUCGCCUUCGACGGCCUGGAGACCAUCAGCUGGCUGCGCGAGAUGGAGGGCGGCCUGCUGCUGCCCGUCACAGACGCAAAAGGUAUCCGUGUAGCGGUCGACCAGACGAUGUAUUCCUACCAGAAGACCCUGGUGCUCACCGACAUCCAGGCAGACAAGUCGGGCCGCUACGUCUGCUCCGGCACCAACGUCUCGGGCGGCAAGAACACCACCGACAGACUGGUGACCGUCAAAGCGAGCGCCAGUCCGCGGUUCCUGUCCGACUCGAACAUGGACAAGUCAGCGACUCUGACGUUCGAGGAGGGGACGCGGGGAGAGCUGAACUGCACCGUCUCCGGUCUGCCGCCGCCCACAGUCGUCUGGAGCAAGGACGGCGAGCGUCUGCCGGUGGCUGAGGCCGGCCGGGUGCGCGUCAGCGAGGACGGCCAGCGGCUGCUGAUCACGGCCGCCAUCUCGGACGACGCCGGCACCUACCAGUGCCGGGCACAGAACCGGGUGGGCGCCGUGACCGGGUCAGCCACCGUCGACGUGCCCGGCGGCGGCGCCAACGUCGGACUGAUCGCCGGCAUCACCGGCUUCAUGCUGCUGCUGCUCAUCGCGCUGGCCGCCUGCCUCGUCUGGAAGACCAAACAGCAGAAGAACCUGCAGCAGCGGCUGACCAAGACGGAGCUGGAGGCCUUCACCAACGGGCGGAUGGCUCAGUUCAACCCGAACAUGCCGAUCGACGAGCAGGCCGAGCUGCUGCCCUACGACGCCGAGUGGGAGUUCCCCAAGGAGAAACUCAUCCUAGGGCGCCAGAUCGGCUCGGGCGCGUUCGGCCGGGUGGUGAAGGCGGAGGCGAUCGGCCUGACGCCCGGCGAGGAGCGCACCACGGUGGCCGUCAAAAUGCCAAAGUCCGGCUCGGACCCCAACCAGAUCCGCUCCAUGAUGGCCGAGCUGAAGAUCAUGAUCCAGCUGGGGAAGCACCUGAACGUGGUGAACCUGCUCGGAGCCGUCACCAAACACGCCGUGGACGGCGAGUUUAUGGUGAUGGUCGAGUAUUGCCGACAUGGUAACCUGCACCAGUACCUGCAGCGGCACAAGACCUGCUUCAUCGACCAGGUGGACCCGAUUACCGGGGAGUACGACGCCAGUCUCGGAGAGGAGGAGUACGAGGCCGCCAUGGCCGGCGGCGCCGUCAGUGAAAACACGCCGCUUAACCUGGCGGGCGGCGGCGGCGGCGACCUGCGCCGGGCCGGCAACCGGCUCACCCUGGCGUCCUGCGACAGCCUCUACAAGACGCCGCGCUGCAACAGCACCGCCUCCAGCAUCCACAGCGCCGGCUACAACACGGACAUGACGGCCGUGGACUCGGUCUGCCUCAGCCCCGGCGCCACAGGUGGUGAGGACAGCCUGGGCGUGCCUCGGCUGAACACGGGCGCCAGUGUGCGGCCCCGUCGUGUGCCCCUCACCACGCGCGACCUGCUGCGCUGGAGCUACCAGGUGGCACGCGGCAUGGAGUACCUGGCCUCGCGCAAACUGCUGCACGGAGACCUGGCCGCCCGGAACAUCCUGCUCGCAGAGAACAACAUCGUCAAAAUAUCCGACUUCGGACUGUCGCGGGACAUCUACAAGACCAGGGACUACCGGAAGAAAGGCAAGGGCCUGCUGCCCGUCAAAUGGAUGGCGAUCGAGUCGAUCCAGGAGUCCAUCUUCUCCACCCAGUCUGACGUCUGGGCGUUCGGCGUCGUCAUGUGGGAGUUCUUCUCGCUCGGCGCCUCGCCCUACCCCGGCAUGGAGUACGACGUCAACUUCGUCCGGAGGCUGCGGGACGGGUACCGCAUGGAGCGGCCCAAGUUCGCGCCCCAGGCCGCCUACAAGCUGAUGCUCGAGACGUGGAAGGAGUCUCCGGGCGACCGGCCCAGCUUCACAGAGCUGGCAGAGAAGAUCGGACACUCACUGGAGGAGCGCAUCAAGGAGGAGUACAUGCUGCUCAACGAGCCGUUCAGGGACCUGAACAGCGACUACUUUGCGCGGCGGACCGACUACGUGAACACACUGGCCAGCCCCGACUAUGUGAACGUGACGAGGGAGCAGGAGGCGCCGCCAGGCGAUGAGAGGAAGCCGGCCUACGUCAACAUGGACCCGCAGCGGCAGACAGCCGCCUACCGGGCCAGCCGGGCGGAGGAGCCGGCCGGCGGCGCCCAGGCCGGCCCGGACGGCUACCUCAUGAUGACGCCGACCGUGGAGGGCGGCCCCGAGGGCGGCCGCAUCUUCUCCCCCCGGCCCACGGCCGUCGUCAAGCCGUUCGACUUUCCGCACAGCGGCGGCGCCAACCACUUCUACAACCCGUCCUACGACAAGCCGGCCAAGGCGGGCUCGCGGCCGACCUCUGCCACGGCGGCGCCGCCUAGGGAGGACGAGGACCACUACCUCAGCCCGCGGCUACCGGAGGACGAGGACCACUACCUCAGCCCGCGGCUGCCCGAGGACCAGGACCACUACCUGGUGCCGAAGAACUUUGACGAGGGCGGCAGUCCCGUGUGAGGUGGCAGACGCGGCAGUGAGCGGUGGUGAAGUCAAACAUUCCAGUCGAGAUCUCGGCAACUGGCGACUGCUGUGAAUUGUGAUUGCCGGUGGACAGUGUCCACUGCCAGGCGCCACGGUUUUGGGUGAUAUCACUCGGAUAAAGACAAUACUUGGAUGAUGUGGAAAGUGUUAAAUGAUCAGCGCUUCUCCGCGUGUAUGUGUGCGCUUGCAGGUAUUUGCGUAUGAGUUUUCCAUGCUACAAUGUGCCUAUCCAUGUGCCUUUUUGCGUUAUUUUGUUCUGUAGGUAUGUCAUAUUGUUUCUGUAUUUCGUGUUGCAUAUUUUUUAAUUGUAGGUAUGUAAUUCCGGCGUCUGAAGCUAGCUUUGAGGAACACGCCGCAAAUUACUGUGUACGACAUGUGAUCAUUCACGUUCUAUGGAGAUUGGGAACGUUGUUGUUGUCAAUGUUCGAUUUGGCGUGUCCGUCACUCGUUGAGAUACUAGAUGAUGCAGCUCCCCCGCUCCGUGGAACGGAGCUCGCUAGACAGAGCGUCUCAAGGGGUGUCUCUCUCAUAGCGCCUCGCGCUGCGCGGAACGGAUCCGCCGAACGACGGAGCGUCUCACGCGACGGGAGCGGAGCCGGCGGGGCGGAGCGGAGCCGGCGGGACUGGGACGGAGCGGAGCCCGCGGGACGGAGCGCCUCGAGAAGUGUCUCUCACAGCGUCUCUCAGAGUCACCAGUGGAUGGGGUCGGCAGUGUCACCAGCAUUGUUCAACUACAUAGGUAGUUCAACAAGUUUCCGUGAGGACAGCAUGAUUUAUUCGAUGUGCAUGAUAAAACACAUUGCAAAUAUGAGAUUUGCAUCAAAUAUUUAUUGCUUUGUAAACACUUGAUGAUUUUAUUUCCACAUUCCACAAUGACCAGUGUCAGCGUAUUAUGUAGAUGCAUUGUAUCAUCGCCGACCAGUGAGUAUUUAUUGAUUAGCGAUUGAAAAUGUUUUAUAUAUUGUGCCAUUUUAUUGAUUGUUUUAUCAAUUGCUCGUACAUCAUGUCAUAUGUGGCUUCCAAUAAAAGUGCAUCUCUUGC